UUCCCACCCGGCUUGUAAACAUCAGCGCGCCCGGCACAAGGAGCAGCGUGGAGCUCGAUCCCGGCAGCGGCACCGCGGCUUUUACUCACGAACCGGCGAUUCGUACUGGUUUGGUUCCAGUAUGGACAAUACGACAGACGGGACGUGGGACAGUUUACCUGUCAAACUUAACGAGGGGAUUUUACAAACGCUCGAUGAACUGAAAUUCACACACAUGACACCUGUACAGUCCGCCUGUAUCCCGCUGUUCAUGAGCAACAAAGAUGUGGCCGCAGAGGCGGUGACCGGGAGUGGAAAGACGCUUGCGUUCGUCAUUCCUAUCAUAGAACUGCUCCUGAAGAGAGAAGAGAAGCUGAAGAAGAUGCAGGUCGGCGCCCUGGUGAUCACUCCCACAAGAGAACUGGCCCUCCAGAUCAGCGAAGUGAUGGGGCAGUUUAUUCAGACGUUUCCACAGUUCACGCAGAUUUUACUGAUUGGUGGCACAAACCCAAUAGAGGAUGUGGAGAAGUUCAAGGAUCAGGGGGCAAACAUUGUGAUCGCGACUCCCGGCCGUCUGGAGGACAUGUUCAGGAGGAAGUCAGAUGGGCUGGACUUGGCCAGCUCAGUCAAGAGUCUGGAUGUGCUGGUUCUCGACGAGGCCGACAGGCUGCUAGACAUGGGCUUUGAGGCCAGUCUGAACACCAUCUUGAGCUACCUGCCUAAACAGAGGCGUACAGGCUUGUUUUCAGCCACUCAGACACAGGAGCUGGAAAAACUGGUGAGAGCCGGCCUCAGGAACCCAGUGCGGAUCACCGUCAAAGAGAAAGGCGUGGCUGCCACCGCCACCCAGAAAACCCCCUCUAGGCUCUCCAACUACUACACCAUACUUAGAGCCGAGGACAAGUUCAACAGCCUGGUGGCGUUUCUAAGGCAACACAAGCAUGAGAAGCAUCUGGUCUUCUUCAGUACAUGUGCGUGUGUGGAGUACUACGGUCGAGCUCUGGAGACGCUGGUCAAGAAGGUCAACGUCUGCUGCAUCCACGGCAAGAUGAAAAAUAAACGCAACAAGAUCUUUGCCGACUUUCGGACCCUGAAAAGUGGGAUCUUGGUGUGUACAGAUGUCAUGGCCAGAGGCAUCGAUAUCCCUGAUGUUAACUGGGUGCUGCAGUAUGAUCCUCCCAGUAGUGCCAGUGCCUUCGUACAUCGAUGUGGGCGUACAGCACGUAUCGGUAAUCAGGGCAAUGCCCUCGUCUUCCUGCUGCCAAUGGAGGAAUCCUACGUCAAUUUCUUGUCCAUCAACCAGAAGUGCCCGCUCCAGAGGAUGACCCCUAUAGGUGAUGUUGUGGAUGUGCUGUCCAAAGUGAAGGCCAUGUCUCUGGCGGACCGUGCCAUGUUUGACAGGGGCAUGAGGGCCUUCGUCUCCUACGUCCAGGCCUACGCCAAACACGAAUGUAGUCUCAUCUUCAGGAUCAAAGAUCUGGACUUUGCCUCCUUAGCCCGCAGCUUUGCCCUCCUUCGCCUGCCGAAGAUGCCCGAACUGAGAGGGAAAACGUUCCCCGAUUUCAUUGAGACGACAGUGGACACAGAUACCAUUCGCUACAAGGACAAGAACCGGGAGAAACAGAGACAGAAGAUGCUGAAAGAGAAAGAAAGCGCUCCCCUUCCAAGAAAGACUUUUAUAAGGAACGAGGCCUGGUCCAAACAGAAAGCCAGGAAGGAUCGCAAGAAAAAGAGGUCGGCCAAGAGGAAGCACAAUGAGUCUCUGCUGGGCUCCGACGUGGACGACGAAGACAUGAAAGAGCUUUUAAAUGACACUCGUCUCCUCAAGAAACUGAAGAAAGGGCAAAUCAGCGAGGAGGACUUUGAGAAACAGAUAACGAGUGGACCAAAGUCAAAACAUAAAACCGAAGGACCAUCACAUGACAGCUCAGGUGAAGAGGAUGCGUGAUAAAACUCCUGUAGUUUACCUGGUCCAUGUAAAAAGCUGAGUUCAAAUAAAUCCCAAGCAACAACUCUGA